CCCUCAAUAAUAAAACUGGAAAUUAGAGAAUCAAUUUGAGUUUUCAUUCACGCAUCUCCGAUUGCGUGUGGCCUACUACGGUGAUGUUUUCACAGUUAUCAUUCUAACCGAAAAUGAAACCCUCAAACAAACCCAAGCAAUGACCAUAAUCACAAUAACGUAGUUCAGGUUUUUGUAGCGAACUCAGAAAACUCUACUUCACUGGUUGCAAAAUCCAGAGCAAGUUGCUUUUGUUUUCAUAAUUUGACCCAAGUUUGGGGUUAGGUUUGCAUUUUAGCUGAAGAUGUCUCUGCGGUUAAAGGCUGUGGUGGAUAAAUUCGUUGAGGAGUUGGAAGAAGCAUUGGAUGCUGAUAUUCAGGAUAGGAUCAUGAAAGACAGAGAGAUGCAAAGUUACAUCCAAGAGCGUGAACGUGAGGUUGCUGAGCGUGAAGCUGCUUGGAAGGCCGAUCUUUCUCGUCGCGAGGCAGAGAUUGCUAGACAAGAAGCUAGGUUAAAGAUGGAGAAAGAGAAAAGUGUCUUAAUGGGAACUGCAUCAAAUCAAGAUAUCUCGAAAUCACAGUAAGUGGUCAAAAGUACCGUUGCCUCAAAUUUGCCAAGGCAAAAAAAAAAUAAGACUUUACCGGAGCGACAUAAAGGAAAAAUUCAUUCCUCCCUUCCCCAAAAGAGGAUUGUUCCAGCUGAGGACUGGUUUAGCAUAAAUAAUGUACAUCUAAGAUCAUUUAUGUAUUGACAUUUAACUGUUUUAUUGUGGUUUAUCAUUCUGCCAGAUUUUUAAAAAGUGUUACUACUUCUUCAA